AUGUCUGCCAUCGAAUACAAUAAUUUGCUUUUCAAAACAAGGCAGAGACUGAACGAGCUGAAUGUAGGAAGACAAUUGCUUGUUAUGUGCAGAGGGAAGUGGGACGAGGACGAGCCUAUGGAGUGGACGCUUCUCUGAGUUCUCCUGAACAAGCCUUCUUUACGAUAGGUUUCGCUCAAACAAAUGAGUAGAAAGUCUUUUUUAAAACCGAGCGAAAAACGAACGCGUGUGUCAAGUUCCGAGGAAGAAAUCUCAGCCCACGUGCUCGUUGACGACGCCAUUUUGAAAGAUAUACAGAAGCUAGAAACGCUGGAUAUGCUGGACAAAAUCAACAAUAUAAAAAGCAACAUAAGCAUUAUAACUUACGAAGUGAUUUUCCUGUUCCAAGAUAUAAUACUGACACUGUUAAGUAUGGCAACGAGUGAAACAGGUCUCGCGAGAACGCGCGAGCGAGCGGCGAAGCCGCGAGGGGCAGGGGAAAGGAGAGUUGCAACGAUCCCUUACAAAUUUCAUUUGUACUUCGCCUAGACGAAGGGAAAUACCAUUGGCUGAAAAAUGACGUUCCGGAAAUCAAAGUUGAUUGAUAACAGGCCAAGCUGGCACCCGCUUCGUCUGUGUGUUAAAUUUGGUUCUCAGGGGGAUCAGAUUGGUACUGAGAACUUGUUUCAGCCCUCAAUGCAGACGGGCUCGUUUGAUGUAAUUCUCGCAAAGAGAAUAUUGCGUGCCAAGGAUAAGUGGGACCGAGUUUUUAGUUCUUGUGGAAGGACAAUGAAAACCCUUCAUCAGUUGUAUUCAUUUGUGUCAAGCGCCUUGUUUAGUUCUGAAAACCGGGAGAGUGAAAGUGAAGAGUGAUUAAAGCGCUGUCUUCAGACAUCGGUUUCUUAACAGUGUAGCUGUGUAGCUUGACAGUAAAGAAGGAAAAGAGAAAGAGUUGGAAGCAACUGGAGUAAACCUUAAGAGAACCAAGUGCAGGAAAACGCUAUUCUCCAGUUCCAGACAGACAAAUAUAUGAUGUUUUUGUUGGUGAUAUGCGAUGGAGAGUAGUCUUCUACACUGCAGUAUGGACGACUUUUCAAAAGUAAACGAAACGAGAAUCAAAGUAGUGAGUUCUUAUCCGAGCGGACACGCUGAAGUUCAAUGUCCCCGUCAAAAAAAAAAAACAUAUCAGUGAUUAAAAACAUUGCCUUGAUGCUGUUGCGAAAGCGAUUUAUAAAUAAAUAAUUCUACGCGUCCUCGGCUGUCUAAACUUACUUGACAGCCGGUUGUCACUUUUCUAAUCUGCGACACGUUUGCGGUGAUAGUUUUCACGCUUUGCGGAGUCCCGGGGUUUCCGGGGCGGAAAUGAAAAUUUAUAAGGGAUCGUUGCAAGCUCUCCUUUCCUCGGCCCCUCGCGAGGCUCGCUUCGCUUGCUCCCAGGCUAGUAUGGCAAGCACAGUAUCAGAUAUUUAGGCCCACACAUAUGGGGCAAGAUAAGCCAGGAACUACGCAGUAAGACCAGUCUUCAGGCAUUCAGGAGAGGGGUGCGUGGUCUCAAUGUGCUUGGCUUGCUGGACAGUACGUGUGGCUGCUGUGCAUGCUCAUCUUAGACGCUGUUUACAUGGAGUGGGGGACCCCGGUUUAGUGGGGUAGGUUUCUUUUGUUUUGUGUCCCCCAGAGCGUGAAAACAAAAGAAACCAACCCCACUAGACCGGGGUCCCCCACUCCAUGUAAACAGGGUCUUAGAGUGGUAGGUAUGCAUAGUGGCUUCUGCUGUCUGGCUGCCUGGUGUAUUGGGAGUGUGCUCCCCUAUCCUCUAUUUAAUUCGUCGAAUUUAAAUUUUCUAGAUUUUUAACUUUCUGAAUUUUGUAUUUAUGUUUGACUGCUGCUUAUAUGGUUUGUCUUAUAUUGUCUGUUUGUUUGUCUGUCUAUCUGAUUGUCUGUUUUGUUUCUUGUCUAUCUAUUUCUUUGUCUUUGUUCGUUCCCUGCUUGUCCUGCCGUUUGUCUGUAAUAAUUUUAUAUAUUAAUGUUAUUGUUAUAUAUUAAUGAUAUUUUAAUGAUAUAUUUUUAAUAUUUUUACAUAUACUGCUGCUGUUUGUCUGUAAUAAUUUUAUAUAUUAAUGUUAUUUUAAUAUAUUAAUAAUAUUUUAAUGAUAUAUUUUUAAUAUUUUUACGUAUACUUGAUUUAAUCUUAUAUUAUAUUCAUUUUAUUUAUUUAUAGUGUCCACAAUUAGCUUUUAGCUUCUAAAUACCUUGACACUUUAAUAAAGUUCAUGUAUGUAUGUAUGUAUGCAAUAUAACUGAACUUGAAAAAGGCUUAAACGCAGUCAACGAUGACGUUGCUGAAAUGAAAGAAAGUAUGAAGCGGAAGGCAGAUUUAAAGCAGCUAGAAUACGUUGAAAGAGAAGUAGAAAAUAACUUGGUGUUUUAUAACAUUCCGGAAAAGUCAGAAGGCGAUACUAGUAAUUGUGUGGCUUUCAUACAACGCUUCAUAGCCUCGCACAGGGGCUUGGAAACAUUGUGUGGACACGUCGAAAUUGAGCGUGCUCAUUGUACUCCGAUCCGACGCAAUUGAACAAAAACAGAAAGAGUCCAAGACCGAUCCACGUAGCCUUUCUAAAAUAGACGGACAAGACGAAGAUUCUGGCGAAUGCUGAGGUUAGACUUAAAGAUAAUCUGUUUCAUGGAAAUCUACUCGGAAUUGGAGCUGACUUCGCAAAAGACACCCAAGAACGCCGAAAAGAGCUUAUUCCUUUCAAGAAACAUCUUCAAAAGAAGCUAGAAGAGCAAGAAUGCGGGGUUUUCAUAGCCAACCCGGCCACGCUAAAGUAUUCGGACUCGAAAGGCAAAGUUACAACAGUAAGAAACGAAGAGCUGAAGAAAAUGGAAAGCGAAAUGGACAAGUAAAAAUGCUAUUAGCAGGAGAACAUUAAUCGCCGUCUGUUGCUAGUUCGAGGUUUUUGGAACCCCGCACACUCGUGAACUCCUUCGAGGAGGUAAACUCACUGUAAACUGUUUCUAUGUGUUGUUUUGUGUUGUUAUUGUUAUCCUUCUGUAAGUUUAAUAUGCGCAAUGGGAGCCGCUUAUCACAAGCUGGUCGUUUCCAUAAACAAUUAUAUAUGAUUAGUUAUGCACAGAUUAAGUUUUAUUACGCUCAAUGUUACAGGCAUAAAUAGUUCACGAAAAAGACGAGCUAUUUUCAGGCAACUUCAUAAUAAGGAUGCUUCAGUAAUUUUUCGACAAGAGACGUACAGCUCCAACAAUCAAGAAAAGUUAUGGAGCAGUGAAUGGGGUAGAAAAAUUCAUUUCUGCCACGGUAGCAAGCACAGCAAAGGUGUUGCCAUUUCAUUUAACCCAAAAAUUCAGGUAACGAUAGAAAACCAAAUGCAUUAAAGCGAAGAUGGUCGAAUCAUUAUUUUGCAGGUGGUAAUUGAUGAUACGAAGCUUGUUUGUGCUAAUAUUUAUGCACCAAACGAUCCCGGCGCUCAGCACCGAUUCUAUUUACAUGUAAAUAAUAUUCUCCAAAAGUUUUCUAGCGAGAGGAUUAUUUUAGGAAGCGACUCUAACUGCCCUGUAUCUAAAGAAGAUAAGGAAGGAGGCCGUGACUUCUCCCAUAAAUAUCAUGUAGCUGAGGAGAUAAAAUCUCUAAUGUGAGAGUUUAGAUCUGGAAGACGUGUGGAGGAAAUUGCACCCAAAUAAGAAGCAAUUUAUACCUGGCGAACAUUAGAUCAAAAAAUUAAAUGCAGAUUAUAUUACUGGUUAACAUCAAAGCAACUUCUACAACAAUCUCUCGCUCGUAAAUGCGAAAUAAAUGUUGCUCCACACUGUGAUCAUUCGUCAGUGUGCAUGGAAAUUGAGAAAAAAGUGCGACAACCAAGAGGACCAAGCUUUUGGAAAUUUAAUUUCUCUCUUUUAUAAGAUAGUGAUUAUACAGCCACUAUGGCAGAAAAAAUUCCACAGUUUAUUGACAAAUACUAAGAUCUUGAAGACAGCUCCUCUGGCAAAUGGUUAAAAUGGAAAUACAGUGAAACCUGUAUUAGCUGUGGUCAGACUACAGACUUUUUACCUAGGUAAACUCUACUUGUUGACAGUUUACCUAGCUAGGAAAACUUGAUUUUUUAAGUGUGACCGAUUUUUCCCCAGGUAACUUACCUCGGGAAAAUUUUAUCGUCUGGGUCUUGGAUAUGUCUCGAAAACAAAAGAGUUUCCCUUGACAGCUACCCCAAAGCAAUAGCUAGGGGAAAAUGAAAUACCGAGGUUGCUAGCCAAUAAAUGCUCAUCGGCGAAGGUCUUGAUGACAGAACCGGACAUAGAUCACGCUGUGAAAGAAAUUUUGGGAGCACGAGUCGUCUACUUCUUCGCCUUUCUUCACCUUGCACGUUGAAUUAGCGUAAGAAAUAACAGCGAGAUAAAAGAAAAAAAACGUCUCUUUGAUCAGCUAGAUCACUGCGCAUUUUGCCUUCUUGAAUUUACGCUCCAAAAAAUUCAACUGGCGUGAAAACUUUGGGAGCCGAUAUCAGUAGUGUGACCUUACCAGAAUUUUUACCUAGGUAAAACAAAACCCGAGGUGAAUUUACCUAGGCAGAUUUUUGUUGAAUUUGCCCUAGGUAAAUCGGUUUUACCUAGAUAAAAGUCUGUAGUGUGACCACAGCUAUUAAGCGGACACCCUCGGGGAAGGCUGUAGUGUCCGCUUCAGGGGGCGGGGGAAGAGACGAGGUCUGGGACCGAGAAACGGUGUUCUCACAACUUGCAAAGCGGUCACCCAGCGUGGUGGUCAGCGGAUAAUUACAGUAUUUUCCCCACAGUAGACCACAGUAAAUAUUUUAGAAGCAAGAAUUGAACCGAACCGGCAGAGGAAAUCAGAAAUACUUAAAAAAUUGAAAAAAAUUAUAUCGUGCAACUUUGUUUUUCUUGCAUAUCGUAUUUGUCUUUCGCUACUGUAAUGCGGGGGAAACUAAAACGCAACCGUGCUAGAUCUUAACCAACAACAACGCACUCGAUGGAAUCCUUGAUGGAUUUAUUUAUAGGUUACAUCGUUUUUGCCGGGCAAGGGUAACUUGAUGCUGAUAAAAAUUACUGGAGCAAGUGUCAAAUUUAUCGGAAGCAAGCAUAUUCAAGAAAGCUUUAUAAAUAUGAGUUUUAAUACUGCUCUACAUAUCAUAAUUGAAUAAAAAUUAACACUUCAUAACAUUUCACUUCGUUUAUUUCGAUCAGUCAACACCUUGAAUUCAAAGUUAAAAUUCAAAACGAUCUAAAACAAAUCACAACUACUACGUAAGGUCUGUACCUUGAAGCGACUUUAACUUUCCUAAGGUUUGCAGCAAAACACUGCUCGAUAGCUCAACUCUUCGGCGGCCUUUUCCUAGCAGAUAUACGUUAUAUGUUACAUAUUCCAAACUCUGCAAAAGGAAAUUGUUUAACAGAAAAAGAAAACCACACACUAUGUCUGAAAAGCGACAUAAAAUCAAUAAAUUUGCGAAUUACCAAAAUAUAAUAGUGAGAAACAGUCCCGCCUUCGGCCGCCAUGUUUUUGUUUCUUCUCAAGACCGUUGAUCUAUGGUUUUUGACGUAAUGUGCAUGAUCAGUACACAAAUCCGCUGGCAAGACCCUUGCUGAUCGCUUUGCAAGUUGUGAGAACAUCGUUUGGAUUUCAUUUAAGAGAAUGUAUGGGAAGUAGCUCCCCCCCCCCCCCCCCCUCCUGGUCCGCUUAAUACAGGUUUCGAUAGAUAACGUCGUUUGAGGUGUCAGAUGCCACUCAAAUGUACAGUGGAAACGUUUAGCUGUACUCCCAGAGACUAUGACGAUAUACAUUUGCAUUAAUUCAAGUGGACCAGUUGAUCAAAGUCACAUAGAUUGCAACUCAAAUUUGAAGAGAGAUGAGUGAAACAAGCUCUAUACAAACAAACGAAAUAGAAAACAAUACUGUACUGUGAAACUAAUCAAAUAAGUUCGUCAAGUCACGUUUUUUAAUGUAAAAAUUGAAAAAUUUGUGGAUGGCAAUCUUUUGCAUUUCCGGUGUCUGGCAUGUUUGGUGGUGGAAUUUAAUUACAAGUGUCCAUUUAAUACAGGUUGGCAACAAUAGAAAUGACCAUUUCAGGUACUCUUUAGGUGUCUGCGUCCGCUUAAUAGAGGUGUUCGCUUAAUAAAGGUUUCAUUUAAAGUAAAUAUUAAAGGGAAAUACAUUUGGGGAAUUCGGCUACUGUCCGCUUAAUACGGUGUCCGCUUAAUACAGGUUUCACUGUAAGGUCUUUUGCAAUCACCUUAAUUCACUAAGACAGAAAAAAUGCAAAGACCAAGAAAAAUUCCUCACCAAAGAAGCUGAAAGGCUGCAAAAUUUGGUGGACAGUCAAUCAACACCUGAGCACAUCAAUGAGCAUAUGACCGUUUAAUCGAAACUUGAAAAAAUGUCCUUUGAUCGAUCCCGAGGCGCAUGCAUUCGCUCCAAGGCAAGAUGGCACGAAUUUGGAGAACGAAGCUCCAAAUCCUUUUUCAAUCUUGAAAAAAGGAAUCACGAGAAUAAAUGUAUUACCAACAACUUGAAAAGAAACAACGGAAGUUCAGUAUCGGAUCGAGUGCAGAUAUGCGCUGAGUUUUCAGAAAAACAAAUCUCCCGGGACAGAAGGUCUAACAGCUGAAUUUUACAGCUUUUUCUGGGACCAUUUGAGUAAUACAAUGAUCUACAGUUUUAACUAUGGCUUUGUAAAAGUAGAGUUAUCGAUCUCACAAAGACAAGGUAUUAUUAGACUUAUUCCGAAAAAGAAUAAGAAUUUAUCGUUGCUCAAUAACUGGCGACCCAUCUCACUCUUGAAUGUAGACUACAAGAUCGCCACCAAAGCUCUCGCCUUGAGACUUAGAAAAGUACUUCCAUCAAUCAUGAGUGACGUACAAACUGGUUAUAUUGAAGGAAGGUUUAUCGGAGAAAAUAUCCGCAUGAUAUCGGAUAUUAUACAUUUCACAACAGAGCAAAAUCAAGAAGGCAUCGCCCUUUUCAUAGACUUCGAAAAAGCUUUUGAUAGCUUAGAGUGGGCGUUUCUCUCUAAGGCUUUAGAUGUCUUUCAAUUUGGCAAUGAUUUUAAGAAUUGGGUAAGAAUUCUUUACUCGAACAUUUCAAGCUGCACAGUUAAUAAUGGAUAUGCGUGCGUCCAGUUGGUUUAAAUUAGAACGUGGCGUCAGACAAGGCUGUCCUUUGUCAGUAUUACUGUUUCUAUUAGCUGCAGAAACACUUUCCGCCUGUAUACGAUCUUGUAAAGAAAUAAAAGGAAGUCGCCAAUAGAGAGGUUAAAUUAUCCCAGUACGCCGGUGAUAUCACCACUUUUUGUAAGGAUGAAAUCUCGCUUGGGAAACUUCUGGAUUUGUUAGACAUUUACGGUGAUUGUAGUGGGCUCAAACUAAACACUGCAAAAAGAGAAACAUUAUGGCUCGGGAAAAAUGUAGCCAGGAAGGAUACUCCCUUUGGAGUUAAGUGGCCGGAAACACCUAUCAGUGCUCUAGGAACAUCUUUUUCAUACAAUUAUAAACUUUGCGAGUGGGAAAACUUCACGCCUAAAAUAAACAAACUUAAAACACUUUUUAAUGUUUGGUCACAACGCGACCUUUCGCUAUAUCGCAGUAUAACAAUGGCUAAAACACUGGGGUUGUCAAAACUGCUCUUCUCGAGUGCUUGCAUUUGCACACCCGCUCAUGUUAUAGAUAAGGUGAAUAGACUGAUUGUUUAUUUUGUCUGGAGAAGAAAGAAGCCAAAAAUUAAGAGCGACACCCUUAUAGGUUCAAAAGAUCAAGGCGGACUUGAUUUGCCGGAGUAUGAAACUUAAUCCAAAUCUUUGCAAUGUGCUUGGGUCCGAAGAAUGCAGGAAAGAGUAGGUAAUCAGGGGAUGACAAUUCCAUCAUUUUAUCUAUGAAAAGUUGGUGGACCCUUUGUUUUUGAUUGCGACUAUGAUAUUAAUCUUUUAAAUCUUAACACCGUGCCAGCCUUCUACACAGACGUCCUUAAAUCUUGGGCUGAUGCUUAAGGUGCGCGAGAGCGAGAUGAUGACCGAGCCAAUCCCGGAUAUAUAUUUCUGUGGAAUAAUAAAAAUAUAACCAUAGCAGGCAAGUCUAUAUACUGGAAAGACUUGCACGCUGCAGGUAUAGAAAGAAUCUGUGACUUAUUGAAUGAAAAUAGUAAACUUCUAAGUUAUGAAGACUUCUGCAGGAAAACCGGCCUUAGGCCGCCUUUUACUAAUUUCUACGGUCUUAUUACGGCCAUUCCAGACCGUGGAAACGUGCAGCUCUCAGGCUGGACUCUAAUUUGAGUGAGCAGAAGUUGAAACGAACAGCUGAAAACAGCUGCAAAGGUAUUCGCAAACGGUUAGUAGAAAGGAAAUUCCAGGAACCUUUGGCUAUUUCUAGGCUAUGCAGACUAGGUCUUGAUUCUAACAAGCUUAAAGCAAAUUACACUUUGCCAUUUCUCUUAACCAAGGAUACUAAAUUAUGUAUGUUCCAGUACAAAAUAAUCCACAAUAUUUUACCGUAUGGCAGCAAAUUAUAUAAGAUGAAGAUUUCAAACUCCCCGCUUUGCAUUCAUUGUAACUCUUUAGAAACGCUUCCCCAUAUGCUAGUCAAUUGUACCAAGAUAAACAGUUUCUGGGCAAAAAUAAUCCCCUGGUGGAAUCAUCAAAGCGGAGACUGUUACCUUGUAGAUGAAUUAAGCAUACUUUAUGGUUACUAUCCAGAAGACAAAAGAACUCUAAUUUUCAAUUAUUUUAUUUUACUGGGAAUGAGACACACUUUUUCUCAGAGAUUCGAACAGAAGACCCCUAAGAUCGACCUGUUUUUUGAUUUUGUUAAAGGCAAGCUAAUUGUACAUAAAUGUAUAUUCCAAUCGAAAGGGCUAAUUAACAAGUUUCACUCUCUAUGGAAACCUCUCCUGUGCUUAAUAUAAGUUUUAAUUAUAUAAUCACCAUGGCUUUUUUGUGUAUAGUAGUGUAAUUUAUUUAUUUAUUCAAUAUUUUGUUUGUAAUACUUUGUAAUGUUUGCAAUAAAGUGUUGAAGCAUUAAAAAAAAACCAAACAAACAAAAAAAAAUCUUUUUUAAAUGGACGAUCUGAAGAGAUUUGCAAAAAAUGAUGAAGAGCAAACAGGUAUCCUGAGCACGGUCAGGACGUUUACUUAUGACACUAAAAUGGACUGUAGCCUUCACUUGAUAAAUGUGCAAAGGCUAUUUUCUGAAGAGGAAGAUUGGUUACAACAACUGACAUUAGAGCUAGACUUGAAUACUACCAUCCAACUAGGGCUAGAGGUGGAAGAAUCAUACAAAUACCUUGGUCUGAACGAGGGAGAUGGAAUACAGCAUUCGAUGAUGAAAAAAAAAAAUCCGGAAAGAAUAUUACUGAAGAGUCAGGCUAGUCUUAAAGAGUGAGCUUAAUGCCACUAACAGAUUCGAGGCAAUCAACACGCUCGCUGUUCCUGUAGAAACCUAGGCUUUAACAUUAGUAAACUGGAAGAAAAGUGAAAUACCGAGAAUUGAUGCAAAAACAAGGAAGCUGCAUCACCCAAAGGCUGAUGUUAAUAGAAUCUACCUACCGAGUGAAGAAGGAGGUAGAGGUCUUAUCGAACUAGAAAUUAGCCUCAAACCGUCCACUAUCGGGUUAGAUACCUAGCUUCAAGAAACGAAAGAUCCCAUGCUAGCAAUGGUGUAAGAACAUGAUCUCACAAAGAAAGUGUACACUAUUAGAAAGCAAGCAGAAACCUACAGAGAAGAACUUGACAUCCCAGAACUGAAAUUUGCUGAAAAUAAAUCGGUCACAGCAUUUGCGAAAAAAGCUAAGACCAAUGCUUAAAAAGCAAGGACAAGUGAAGACCGCCCCAAAAAUGGGAAGAUAAAUCAUUGGAUGGAAAGUACUGUACUAGAGUGAAAGAGGCAGAUGUGGACUACAGCUUAACUCACAAAUGGCUAAAGCUAAGAGCGCUGGGUUUAAAGCAGAAAUUGAAGGCUGCUUAGCGAGAUCAAAGCUUGGCAACGAGAUCCUACCAAUACAGGAUUUUGACUAAACCAGGACGUCAACCAUCGUCGAUGCGAUAUAUAUUGCGCCACAACAACUAUUGGUAAACAUUACAGUUAAACUAAUUAUCUUCAACAUUUUUGCCCAUGAAAUUCUGCUGGUGGAUGCUGUUUGAAGCUGGUAGAGCUUUAUUUAUGAAGAAUUGAGAGAUAUAUUCGAGGAAAACAAGCAUACUUUAACUCAUUUCGUCGCAUUUGAACAACAUAUGGCCGACAAAGCGAUAUUAAGUGUCUCGCAAAACCAUCGCGAAGUCUCCUGCUAACGGCGUUGUACUGCUUGCAGUUCUCUGGAGGGGGGAGGUAUAUAAUAGGGCGGAGGGAGGAAUGGCCCGAAAAUGUAGGGAGGAGGGAGAUUUGCCCUCCAGUACCUUCCCCCUCUCUCUGCGUGACCCAUUCAGUAGCAGUAAACAUUUCCAUUGUUAUUUAACCGGAGAAACAUUUCAUUUCAGAAUGAUAUAUUAUUUCUCUAAAAACCAUGAGAUUGCGAGUCUUGUCGUGAGAAAAGUUAAAAAAUCGUGAGACUCACGGCAGAAUCGAGAGAAUCGUGAGUUUGGGCCAGCUUGGGGAGUCCGAGAGCAUUUAUACUGAUCCCUUCGUCAUGUUUAUCGCCUGGACGAGUCAAAAAGCUUCAAAAGUUCAUAAACUUCGGUCUCAAAGUUAGCAGUUGGCUAUGCUAAUUCGAAACAUACAAAGUGCACAUGAAGACAACUUAUAGUCUUGUGAAAGGCACCGUGAAAGUCAUAACAUCGAAAGCUCUGGGCACAGUGCAUGCUCAGCACUUCUCGAUCGCGGAACGAUCGACCUACGACAGUUGUCGUUUUGAUAUCGGGCGCUUUCGUGCGGAGCCGACUAAUUACGAACGGUGUCUACACCCGCGGCCGAGUGACACAUUGGCAUAUUGCAGUGCCGACAAUAACUCGUUCCUUAGGCCACGCGUAAUCCACGAGUUAAAAAGUGUUUCAAUGCCAAGGUUUUUGUCUGAGAUUGAAGCUUGCCCAGCCAAGACUUCAAUUACGUUUGCAUAACUAUGCAAAACCUUCAUUCGAGUGAUCGCAUAAUUAAUUAUCGGUCGAUUAAAAUUCAUUGAAAUUCAUCGCGUGUCAAAUGAAGUAAAACCUGAAGCGGAGACAAAUCACGUUUCCUUGGAACAUAAGUUUCAAGACAAUCGAUUAUAUUCUUCGUUGCAAUGUCUGUAGUCGAAUACAACAGUUUACUUUUCGAAAUAAGCCAGAGGAUAGACGAACUGAAUGUAGGCAGAAAGUUAGUCAUUAUGUGUAGAGAGAAGGUGGCGCCUCGCAAUGAAGAAAACAUGCAAGAUGUCUUCCCGUUGUUUGUAGAAUUGGAGCAGAAUGGUUUUCUUGGUCCUGAUAAAUUGAAGAUUUUGAAAGAUCUGUUGAAAAGCCUGAAAGAGUGGUCUCUUUUCGAAAAAGUCAAAUUGUUUGAGACCAAAAGAAAGGAAUAUAACGGCUUGCUGGAGAAAAUCAUUCUUGAUCUCGACGAAUUCGAUUGUCUCGAACAACUUGUCGCUAUUUGCGGUGAUCGUAUACCGGAAGAGAGACAUAACAGCAUACAAGAUGUAAGAUCACUGUUUAAGGAGCUGGAAAACAACGAAUGUCUAGGGAUUGACCAUCUUGAGGUUCUGAAGAAUAUUUUAACCCAGAAGGAGAAAACUGAUCUACUUCAGGAAGUAAUGGAGUUUGAAGAAAGAAGAAAUCAAGAGGAUGAAUUUGAACGGCGAAAAGGUAUUAUCUAGUAACCUAUUGUGUCUUUUUCUACGGUCCUUUACGGUUGUCUUUUAUUGAUUGUAAUAUAUUCUCUCUUUCCCCAUUGUUAUUCUUUUUUGGGGCCAUUCUCUUAGUUCAAGGAAUUUAAACUGAUUAUAAUCACCCUUAUUUCAUUUCAGCUCAAGCAGCUGCGAUUGCUUUGUCAGCUAGCACCAAUUUAGCUGGAGGUAAGUUUCGUCUGUUGGAAGUUCCAGUUGUGAGA